UCCUCUCUCCCGCUCUGUAACAUCCAUUCUCUAACCCAUCCAACCAUCUCUACCAUCUCAUUCAUUCCCAAGGGCGUCACAAGGGGGGACAAGACCCGACUGCAAGGCGCAUGCAUGUAUGGGUGUGUAUGCACGAGUACCCCCUACCCCGCGUGUGCGUAUCUGUUCUGCCUGUGGAACCGCUGACAUGAGGAGCUGAAACAGACCCGACAGAAGGAUGAAAAUGCUCCGGUUUCGCAGCCCAAGCAUCCGCUCCUUGGACCAGGAGGUCCUCUGCACGAUCCGGCUCCUGGACGACUCCGAGAUCUCCUGCAGCAUCCAGAGAGACACCAAAGGCCAGUUCCUGUUGGACCAUGUGUGUAACCACUACAACCUGCUUGAGAGAGACUACUUUGGUAUUCGAUAUGUGGACCCCGAGAAACAGAGGCACUGGCUGGAGCCCAAUAAGCCUGUGGUGAGGCAGAUGAAGUCAGCCCAUCAGCCGUACACGAUGUGUUUCCGGGUCAAGUUUUAUCCCAACGAGCCAAUGAAAAUAAGAGAGGAACUCACCAGGUAUCUGCUGUACCUCCAGCUGAAGAGAGAUAUAUACCACGGCCGUCUCCUCUGCCCUUUUGCUGAAGCUGCAUAUCUGGGAGCCUGCAUAAUACAGGCUGAGCUUGGGGACUACGACCCAGAAGAGCACCCGUCAGACUACAUCAGAGACUUCAAGCUGUUUCCUAAACAGUCCCUGAAACUGGAGAGGAAGAUUAUGGAGAUACACAAGAAUGAGCUCAGGGGCCAGUGCACUUCGUUUGCAGAGCUGAACAUGCUCCAAAGGGCUCACAGCCUCGAGACGUAUGGAGUGGACCCUCACCCCUGCAAGGAUUUCACAGGCUCCACAGCUUUUCUCGGGUUCACUGCCACAGGUUUUGUGGUCUUCCAGGGAAACAAGAGGAUCCAUCUCCUAAAAUGGGCUGAUGUUAGCAAGCUGAAGUUUGAAGGAAAAACCUUUUACGUCAUUGGGAUUCAGAAAGAGAAGAAACUGGUGCUGACAUUUCACACCUCGACCCCUGCUGCGUGUAAGCACCUAUGGAAGUGUGGGGUGGAGAACCAAGCCUUUUACAAGUGUGCAAAGUCGAGUCAGAUAAAGACAGUUUCCAGCAGUAACAUAUUCUUCAAAGGCAGCAGGUUCAGAUACAGUGGACGAGUAGCCAAGGAGGUGAUAGAAGCCAGCUCUAAGAUAAAGAGAGAGCAACCAGAAGUACGCAGAGCCCAGUUUGGUCAGAGUCGAAGUUAUAACUCUUUGAGCCAUAAAAACCUCAUUAUGAACAUGGAGCCGCUUGUACCUGCACUGCCCUCCACCAACGAAUACGAAGAGACGGCCGCAGACAACGCUGUUGUUGCUGUGAAGGACUCUGUCCUGUUGUCUCCUCUCGAACCCUCACCUGCUCCGCCAGACGCAGAGCAGCAAAGUACUGAGAGAAGAAAUUACCUGCAGCCUCCCCGUGUUUCCAUGGAAACCUCAAAUCACCGACCUCACACGCCCAAAGCUGAAGAUGAAGUGGAGGAAGACGAUGACGCCAGCGGACCACUGACCAUUUCUGAGCUUGCCUACAGCCCUUGUGCCAGCAUGUUGCCCACCCCAGUGGAGGACAGUCAGGGAGGGGUGGACCUGCUCUUCUCCUCCCCGGUGCAGAGCCCCGCCCGGAUGCUGAGGGAGCUCCAUGCAGACCCCGACAUCCAGGCCCAGCUGGAGGCCGACAGGGAGCGGGACCGGGCCUAUGAGCGCACCCGUCUGGCUACCAGGAGUCGGAUGGGGGGGGUCCUGACCAGCAGCCUGCGCCUACUGUCGUCCAAUGAGAGAGUCAAUGCUUGCAUGCUGAGCGUGGCCCGCUUUGUUGCCGUUGUCAUGGGCGUGCUGCUUGUCACUGUGCCCACUCUGCUGCUGCUGCUGGAGUCUGACAUUGACGUGUCGUUCCUCCAUGAGAUCCGCCAGACGCCGGAGUUUGAGCAGUUUCACUACGAGUACUACUGCCCGCUCCGGCGCUGGAUCCUGUGCAGGAUCAGCAUGGCCAUGGAGAACCUGUGGUCAGACUGAGGAGCUAGAGGAGUCACUGCAGGGGGAAACACAUGUGGCCAAAUGUCUGUCUUAACAUGUCAUUUAAUCUUAAAUUCAGUUACAACAACUGAACCAGUCUGCCAAAUGGAUGAAAUUAUUUCACUUGUUUCAGACCUAUUUUUUGAGCAGGUGCAAUGGAUCUUUGAUGAGGGCUGUAGGUUGUCUUGUAAAAAAGGCCUGAUAAAGAUGUACUGUCAUGCCUUUUAUAAUACAUUGUUUCCAAAUUGAAUAAUACAGAAACAAGUAGAUUUGUUUCACCCCUUUGGCAGCAUAAUUAAGUUUAUUGAACAAAAAAGAGUAAUAGAGAACUAACAUUUUAAUCUUGGGAUCCAAUCACUUGUUAAGACACUUUUGGCAGUGAUAAACAGAAAAGAAAGGACAAGAAAUGCUGCAAGUUUUCAAAGACAAACGUGCAAAAGGGAGACUUUUAUGAAAAUGAAAAUAAGGGAAGUCAUGGACAGAUAAACUCAUAAAAAGAUGCAGAGAAGCAUGCAGGACACAAAUGGUUGGUACUGUUUUUAAAGGUCUGUUCACUCCUGAUGCUGACUAGCUGAUGCAAUGACUCUGGUAAAUAUGACAAACCAUUCUGAUUGGUUCUCGCCCUCGGAAUGGAGCACCUGAUUGGUCACCGAGCCUGUCAGUCAUGACGGAGUGGACGGGGGAGAGAAAUUGUUGAUUUGUCACUGAACGCAACAAAAGCCACAGUCAGAGGUACAUUAUAUAUAUAUUUAAAAACAAAAGAGUAAUAUUCAGAAUAUAAAACCAAUCUUAAAUAAGUUGUUUUUAACAUUUUGUACAUUUUUAUGUGAUCCAGAUCUUUCAGGAAUUUUUCAGUCAGAGGAUCUACUUUGAGUUUAUUUUGAAAUUAAGACUUUACAAAAGAGUAAAAAAACAAACACAUUUAUAAAAGUUUAUCGGGGUGAUGGGCGUUGAGAAAUUUAAGAUAUUUUUUAAGAGUACUGUCAGCAUUUGUUGCCUCCGUAGCUCCCUGGAGUUUUCCUACAGAGGCUAUAGCACAAAUCUUUUACACAGAUCACAGAUUAAAACUGUUUCAGAUUACGUGAUGUCAUUUUGGAAGUGGGAGGGCAACAGAGGAGAGAAACUUUCUGUUCGUCAUGAUAAAACUUGUGUUUUGUUGAACUUUUAAAUGUCUUCUGAACUACAUGUUAAGUCAGUAGUAGUGCAUCCCUCAGUGUGUUUUAAGUCAGUUUGAACAUAAAAGUAUUUAAAAAAUGCUAAAGAAGGACAAGGUGACCUGUAGGCUUGUGAUGAAAAGUUAUGUGUGAGUAAAGGUGGGUCUAAUCGAGAUUUGGGGUCAUUUGUUCAGUCCAUGGGAGGCUACUGUUAGGACAGCUCUGUGAUCGUCUCAGAUUCAAAGUGAUGAUGGUACACUUAAGAUUCCCAGAGGAAAAUGUUUGUGUAUUCCAAAUAUACUGCUCAUAUGUGACACAUGAUUGGAAAACUGAUGGUGUUAAUCUGGUGCCGGACUACAGUGGCAGGUAUUUCAUUUUAGUAUUUUAAUCACUAAAUCAAAUUAGAGAUGAUUUGUAGCCAUUAUUAAAGAAGAUCUGAGAGAACAUCAUGCUGAGCAUAAUUUAAAUGACCGCAACUGUUUAUACCCUUAAACAGAAUACAUACAUUUCUAUCAUUUUGGUGUAAGUCACUAACAAGUUAUCUGGAGUUUUAGAUGGGGAGGAUGUUUGAACAAGAUGUUUGAAGAAUAAGAUUCUGGUUUUGAAGACAUAGAUGUGUUCACACACAAGGGUGUUUCUGUGUGAAGGAAUUUGGAGCAGCGCCAUCAAAGAUACUGAAAAGGUUUUAUUUUAAAAUCUCUAAAAGUAGAAACUUCAAUUUUGGGAACUAAAGGCUGUACUAGUGGUUUUGUUUCAAUCCGACAGUGCCUGUCAGUAACAGUGUCCUGGCUCUGCAUGGAGAAGAAACAGAGAGUUACAGCGAUGAGAGUUACUUCAGAUCAAAUGAAAACAGAUGCAAAAAAAAGAAAAAAUAAGUUCUGUUUGAAAUGUAGUUCGAUUUGAAUUACAUUUCUCAGGAAAGGGCAUUAGCAGUUUAUGUUCAAAAUAACAAUUAUAUGUCUAAAAAAAGAAAGGAAAAACACAUCUAAUCACAGCAUAUAGUUUAUGCCUAGCAUUCAUACAGUACAUGUCUUGCAUUAUGCUAUUUUGAAUAUAUAAACACUAUGUCUUUUUACCAAGUCUGUAGCUAGACAUAAAUACAGCUGCAGAUUGUCUGUGUUAUUGUAGCAACACUACACUCCAUGUCAUAUGCAUCCAAACAUAUUACCUAAAAAGUAUUUACUGUUGAGAGCCAGUGCAGUUUGACCAUCAUAGCUGAAGCUCUGUACUGCUUUAUCUAUUCAUUUAAGCUGAUCAAAACAGGAGUAGCAACAUGAGUCUUGAUCUCUUUCUCAACACUGUUUGAGGCUCUUAAAAAGCUGAACUCAUACUUUUAUUUUCAGAAUAUCUCCACAAUCUCAACUGCUACAGAGGCCUCUGCAGUGCACAUCACCAUCAAAACCCUCUCAUUUGAACCCAAACAAUAUCUCUGCCUCAUAUGAUCAGCUGUGUUGUUGUGUAGCUGUGUGAACCUUAUGCAUCAACAAGCUUUAUGCAUAUAGAUAAUAUGCAGUAACAACAGAAACAAGCUAACUUGGGACAAAGUAUUUAUUUUCCUAUUGCAGCAUAUUCACGGAGUAUCACUACUGAAACCAAGCAAAGGGCCAAACCACUAUCAAGACUCUGAGUUUCACUGUAGUGGGUGAAGCUGAUCUGAAUGCACUGCUAAAUAAUACCACCAUCCCAUGAUAACUAACAAAGUGGGAUAGCAUUGUGAACUAUCAUCCCGUCUUCAUAUUUAACUGUUGCUCAUCCGCUAUGCACAUGCACCAAAAUGCUUCAGAUAUUCCCAGUAGAUUUGAAAUAGAAGUUCUUCUGUAUAGGCUUCAUGUACACAGCUGUAUAAAAAUGGCGUUCUGGCUUUGGUCCUUUAUUUCUGUGCUUCAUCAUCACACAGCUAACCCAGGGUAUCUCACUCUGACCUCUCAAUGCAAACGGCAUGCCUUCAUCUGUAAAUACUGUGUUUAUAGUUGUGGCAAAAAAAAUCCUCUCUUUCUUCCCUCUGCGUGUCUUGUCCAUAUCAAGCGAUCUAGAUUUAGGCUUGGCUGUCUUGACCAUCGUAGACAAAUGCAUGUUCUCUCUGUUUUACUGAGAGGAGGUCAUUUUAAAAUGUUGUGACCUCAUUUAAAAAAAAGAAAACACGUCAUGCAGUGUGGGUUUUCUUCAUUUUAACAAUUGAAUUGACAAGACUGAAUACAUGUGGUUGCUUAUUCUGUUAGCUUCCUCUCAGUUAAUCAACCCAAAAAAAUGUGUCUCAGCACAAAAAUGCUGUUUGCUUGGAAAACAUUUUUUACCAUCUCUUAAAGAGCAGAUCUCAAAUAUUUGACUAGUUCGUUAAUUGUGCUUUUGCUGUGUGCGUAAAUCCUUUUAGUCAGAAGCUAAAUGCUAACACCUGCACCUCAUUGCUAACGGAGCAUGCUAUUAUCUGAAUCAAUUGAAUUCAUUUUAAAUCAUUACUUGUAAAGAUGUUCACUUUCAACCUAAACUCAUUGCAAACAACAAAAGGUCUUUCUGUGAUAAAACAGAUCUUUGGCCCCACAUGACACCGUAGCAUUUGAUUAGUUUGUAGCUCAUGUUUUCAGUUUAGCCUUUAUGAGUUUAAAGGGGAAUUUUACUCCUUUGAGAUUCAGCUCUUGUUUUGAGCUACUUGAGUUUCUGUGUUUUACAGCAUAUUAUAGACGGACCGAGCGUACAACUUCUGUUGCCUGUGCUUACAUAAAACUGUGAUUAAAACAUCACUAAGUUCACACACCAGUUGAUGUCAUAUCUGAGGUAUAAGUACUGAGUUCCUGACAUGAGUCAAGUAUUUACAAACCUUAAAUGUAAUAACCUGCCUUUAAUUAUCAGUGGAAAUUAAACUAAAUGCUUUACAGACUACACUCAGAAUUCAACGCUAUUUGAACCCAAUACACACAUUCUGCUUUUGAUGAAUUUAUUUAAGAUUUUAAAUAUUUGAACUCAGGUCUACUAUAUGCAAAACUAUUGGACAUCACAUGGUAUAAGAUAAAAAUAAGCUGUUGUUUAUUAUGUUAUUUCAGUGUUGUGUGGGCAUGUACAGUAGCAGAUUCUCUUGCACGGUCACUUUGUUGUUUUUGGACGUUAGUCAAAUGAUUUUUUGUUCUAACGGUCAGUCAGAUAAUUUAUUUUUAUUUAUUUUUGUCAUUAAGUCUCUAAAAGAAACUCUGGGAGAUUUAAUUUAAGAAGAAUAAGAAAAAAAAUCCCUAAGUAAUGACUCCCUCUCUUCUGGGACAACCAAGCCUUAUGAACUUUGUGUAGUGAACAUUUUGAAUGUUUGUAUGUUAUAAAAGAAAACAUGAAUUGUUUUAUAUGUUAAUACUGCCACAAUAAAGCUCCCUAAUGAAUAUAUAUUGAAA